AUGGUGAGGAGAUGUGCCUGCAUCCUGGUUGUGGAAUUUCAGCAACGGUUUGGAUGUUUGUGGAACCGUGAUUGUACCGACGUUAUUCGCGUUGUGCACAAUUUGGACAAGGACCCUGAGGAAAUCGAGCGCGAUGUUAAGUACAUGGUUAGUUGCGGCGGCCGCUAUCUCAAUCUGGAGAAGAGACUAGGACCUGGAUCCUCUUUGCUCUUGGGUCUUGAUAUUGCCGAGUCAAUAUGGACCAAAACCUUACCAAAGUCUGGCAAAGUGCACGAUGCGAUGAUGAACCACAUAAGAGGGACCAAAUUGACAACCUUGGUCGAUAGGUUUGGGCCAUUAAGAGAAUUGGUCGUCGAGUGUGAGCUCUGGGACUUGUCAGCAUUUUAUUCGUCAGCGUUGGGUGGCAACUCAAUGCUUCUCCAGGAGCCGAAUACAGCACAUCCAGACGCGACCCUGCCACGCAAUCACUAUCCUCUCUUUGAUCACCUGUACGGCCUGGCCACAUAUGAUGUCGACUGGCAGUAUUUCGCAAAAUGGCAGCAUUCCGCAGAAGAGCAGCAUUUCGCAAAAGAGCAGCAUUUCGCAGAAGAGCUGGGAAUGGAGCUUGGCACAUCGUGA